AUGGAAGAAGACGAAGCUUACAAGAAGGAAGGAGGAGAGAGUGGUGGUGUUAAGUACAGAGGAGUGAGGAGACGACCAUGGGGUAAAUUCGCAGCAGAGAUUCGGGAUACCAGCAGGCAGGGUAAGCGUGUGUGGUUGGGAACUUUUAUUACUGCAGAGGAGGCGGCACGAGCUUACGAUCAGGCGGCUUUUCGGAUGAGAGGACUUUUGCGUUCAUCCAACCAAAGGGAGGCUGAGCUAACAGGACUCUUGCAGGGAUGGAAACACACGCUCAAGAAUGAAAUCCGUCCAACGGAGAUAUGGAUAUCUAACCCUACCCUUAUAGACUUUUUGCACCCCAACUCACAAUGUCCUGUACCUUGGACAAUGCUCUCUUCUUUCUUAGAUUUAGCAGAACUUUCAGCUAACUUCACUAUUACUCCAAUGUCAGUCCAACACAAUCAAUGGACUGCUGCUCUACGAUCCCACAUUUUGGCUACCAUUAGAAAUUUAGAACUAAUUCCCCUUUAA